AUGUCGGAUCCCGCCCCUUCCAACCCGCCCAAGCCGGCGCCCGCCGACGACAAAGAGGAGGUCGCGACCGCCAUUCUACGCACCAAGAAGUCUCCCAACAGACUCUUCAUCGAGGAGUCCACCACGGAUGACAACUCGGUAGCAUGUCUGUCGGCGGCCAAGAUGGACGAGCUCGGACUCUUCCGCGGUGAUACGAUCUUGAUCAGGGGCAAGAAGCGCAGAGACACUGUGCUGAUCUGUCUCUCUGAUGAGAACACCGAAGACUCCAAGAUCCGCCUCAACAAGGUCGCCCGCAACAACCUGCGCGUCAAGCUCGGUGACCUUGUCUCUGUUCACGCCUGCCACGACAUCAAGUACGGCAAGCGCAUUCACGUACUCCCCUUCGACGACAGCGUCGAGGGUCUCACCGGAAACAUCUUUGACGUCUACCUUAAGCCCUACUUCCUCGAGGCCUACCGCCCCGUCCGUAAGGGCGACACUUUCACGGUACGCGGUGGUAUGCGAGCCGUCGAGUUCAAGGUCAUCGAGACCGACCCUGCCGAAUUCUGUAUCGUUGCGCAGGACACCGUCAUCCACACCGAAGGCGAACCCGUCAAGCGCGAGGACGAGGAGGCCAACCUCUCGGAUGUCGGCUACGACGACAUUGGUGGCUGCCGAAAGCAGAUGGCUCAGAUCCGCGAGAUGGUCGAGCUGCCGCUGCGCCACCCGCAGCUCUUCAAGUCGAUCGGUAUCAAGCCUCCUCGUGGUGUGCUCAUGUACGGUCCCCCCGGUACCGGUAAGACGCUCAUGGCGCGUGCCGUCGCCAACGAGACCGGCGCCUUCUUCUUCCUGAUUAACGGUCCCGAGAUCAUGUCCAAGAUGGCCGGAGAGUCCGAGUCGAACCUGCGCAAGGCGUUCGAGGAGGCCGAGAAGAACAGCCCCGCCAUCAUCUUCAUCGACGAGAUCGACAGUAUCGCACCCAAGCGUGAAAAGACCAACGGCGAGGUCGAGCGACGUGUCGUCUCGCAGCUUCUCACCCUCAUGGACGGUCUCAAGGCUCGCUCCAACAUUGUGGUCAUGGCUGCCACCAACCGACCCAACUCCAUCGACCCCGCCCUCCGACGAUUCGGCCGAUUCGACCGCGAAGUCGACAUCGGCAUUCCCGACCCCACUGGACGUCUCGAGAUCCUGCGCAUCCACACCAAGAACAUGAAGUUGGCCGAAGACGUAGACCUCGAACAGAUUGCCGCCGAAACGCACGGUUACGUCGGUUCCGAUGUGGCUGCGCUCUGUUCCGAAGCCGCCAUGCAGCAGAUCCGCGAAAAGAUGGAUCUGAUCGACCUCGACGAGGACACGAUCGAUGCCGAGGUGCUCGACUCGCUCGGCGUCACCAUGGAAAACUUCCGCUUCGCUCUUGGCGUGUCCAACCCUUCGGCCCUCCGCGAGACCGUCGUCGAGGUGCCCACCACCACCUGGAAGGACAUCGGUGGUCUCGACAAGGUCAAGCAGGAGCUGCAGGAGACUGUGUCGUACCCCGUCGAGCACCCAGAAAAGUUCCUCAAGUACGGCAUGGCACCUUCGAAGGGUGUCCUCUUCUACGGACCUCCUGGUACCGGUAAGACGCUGCUCGCCAAGGCCAUCGCCAACGAGUGCCAGGCCAACUUCAUCUCGAUCAAAGGUCCCGAGCUGCUCACCAUGUGGUUCGGUGAGUCCGAGGCCAACGUGCGAGACGUCUUUGACAAGGCGCGUGCCGCCGCCCCGUGUGUCAUGUUCUUCGACGAGUUGGACGCCAUCGCCAAGUCGCGAGGUUCGUCGUCGGGAGACGGUGGAGGAGCCGGUGACCGUGUCAUCAACCAGAUUCUUACCGAGAUGGACGGUGUCAGCUCGCGUAAGAAUGUCUUCAUCAUUGGUGCUACCAACCGACCCGACCAGAUCGACCCUGCCAUCCUGCGCCCCGGUCGUCUGGACCAGCUGAUCUACAUUCCUCUGCCCGACGAGCCAUCGCGUCUGUCGAUUCUCAAGGCGACGCUCAAGAAGUCGCCCAUCGCCGAGGACGUCGACCUUACCUUCCUUGCCAAGCACACACACGGAUUCUCUGGUGCCGAUCUUGCCGAGAUCUGCCAGCGUGCUGCCAAGCUCGCCAUCCGCGAAUCGAUCGAGGCCGACAUCAAGCGCGAGCGCGAGCGUAUCGAGAAGAAGGAGGCCAACGCUGGCGAAGGCGAGGUCAAGAUGGAGGAGGACGUCACGGCAGGCGCUGCUGCCGAGGAGGAGGAGGACGACCCCGUCCCGGAGAUCACCCGGGCCCACUUUGAGGAGGCGAUGCGCUUCGCACGCAGGUCAGUCUCGGACGGCGACAUUCGCCGAUACGAGCUGUUUGCGCAGAACUUGCAAUCGGCGCGUUCGUUCGGUACUUCGUUCCGCUUCCCAGAGGGUCAGAACCCAGGGCAGACGGGCGGUGCUGGCGGUGCGGGUGGAAGUGGCGGAGGUGCAGCAUUCGGCAACGACGAUGCCGGUGAUGACGACCUCUACGCUUGA